UGUAGCGUUUUUUCAGAAAAAUGUCUGAUCUACCAGCUGGAUGGGAGGAACGCACUUCCCGGUCAACUGGCCAGGUUUACUUCCUGAAUCAAUUCACUAAACAGUCUCAAUGGGAUAAACCUACCACACCAGCACAACCAGCUCCUGCUCAGGUUCGUGCUAGUCAUCUGUUGGUGAAGCACCAGGAUUCAAGGAGACCCAGCUCCUGGAGGGAGGAGAAUAUAACUAGGACCAAGGAGGAGGCACUCGCUAUACUAGAGGAAUAUCUGGAGAGGAUAAAGAGUAAGGAGUCCACAUUUGAAGAGCUUGCAUCAAAAUACAGUGACUGCAGUUCUGCAAAGAAAGGAGGAGAUCUUGGAUUGUUUGGACCUGGUCAAAUGCAGAAACCCUUUGAGGACGCUACCUUUGCUCUCGAUGUUGGAGAGAUGAGUGAACCUACCUUCACUGAUUCUGGAGUACACAUCAUUCUCAGAACAAAAUAGAUCUCAAAUCGUAUACUCAAUUAUUUGUAUGCUUAAUAUUGUUUCGUUUCAGCAUGUUAAGCAGAUUUAUGUUAGGCUGCAAAAGAACUCAAAUAGUAAAUGUAUGAUCCUACAUGUGUCAUUUCAACCCAACAAGUCUGUGGUUUUUAAUCGAUGUAAUUAUUUUACAAUCUAGCGGGCUUAUUUUUUCAG